CUCUGCGCUCCACAUUCUGAGUUCGAGGAAGUGUUUAACAUGUAGCUCGCUGAGAAGUCUCCUACUGAAAGGUCUUUGAUUUUGAGGAGUAAAGCAGCGAGGUCUUAACAAUGGAAGGACCUUCAACAAGCGAUACAGGGAACCAGCCCUCAGUCGCGGCUCAGGUUCCCUUUAUCCACCUCUGCAGCACUUUAGAGAAAAUCCAGAAGUCUAAAACUCGUCCGGAGAAAUCCAAAAUCCUUGGGGAUUUCAUUGAGUCAUGGAGGAAGUUUCACGCCGCUCUCAACAAGGAAAAGCCCCGAACCACAGACUCUUUCUACCCAGCCAUGCGCCUCAUAGUCCCCCCCUUUGAAAGAGAGCGCAUGGCAUAUGGCAUCAAAGAGAGCAUGCUAGCUAAACUCUACAUCGAUGUGUUAGGCCUCCCAAAGAAUGGACCAGAAGCCAAUAAACUUUUGAACUACCGUGCUCCCACUACCUCCCAGGGAGAAGCGGGAGACUUUGCCGGCAUGGCGUACUUUGUGCUGAAGAAACGCUGCACCAGCCAAGGGAACCUCAGUGUCAAAGAAGUCAACGACUUUUUAGACUCAGUGGCCGUCAACAACGCUAGCAAGAAGAAGGAUCUUGUAAAAAAGAGUCUGCUGCACCUUAUCACCCAGAGUUCGGCUCUUGAACAAAAGUGGCUCAUCCGGAUGAUCCUGAAGGACAUGAAGCUCGGAAUCAGCAAAGAGACCGUCCUCCAAGUCUUCCAUCCAGACGCCAAUGACCUCUACAAUGUCAACACAGACUUGAACAAGGUUUGCCAACAGCUCCGCAACCCCUCUGUGUCUUUAAGCGACGUCUCCAUCGGACUCUUCUCCGCUUUCAAGCCCAUGUUGGCGGCCGUUGCCAACAUCCGCAAUGUCGAGAAACAGAUGGGAAACAGUCCCUUUUUCAUCCAAACCAAGCUGGACGGCGAGCGCAUACAGCUGCACAAAGACGGGGAUGUGUACAAGUACUUCAGUCGGAACGCCUUCGAGUACACGCAGCAGUUUGGGGGGUCCCCCUUGCAGGGCUCUUUGACGCCUUACAUCCACAACAACUUCAAAAGCAACGUCGUAAACUGCAUCCUGGAUGGAGAGAUGAUGGCGUACAACCCGACGACUGAGACCUUCAUGCAGAAAGGGAGCAAAUUCGACAUCAAGAGGCUCAUGGAGGACUCCGAGUUACAGACGUGCUUCUGCGUUUUCGAUGUGUUGUUGGUGAACGACCAAAAGCUCGGCAAAGAGACGCUGAAGAAACGCCUGGAGACCCUGCAGACGGUCUUCACCCCGGUCAAGGGGAGGAUACACCUCGUCCCAAAGACGGAUGCCAGAACCAUGCAGGAAGUGGUGAACACGCUCAAUGACGCGAUUGACGCCAGGGAAGAAGGCAUCAUGGUGAAGGAUCCUUUGUCCAUCUAUAAACCGGACAAGCGAGGGGAGGGAUGGCUGAAGAUAAAGCCGGAAUACGUGGACGGCUUGAUGGACGAGCUGGACCUGCUGAUCGUCGGCGGCUACUGGGGGAAAGGAAGGCGAGGCGGCAUGAUGUCUCAUUUCUUAUGCGCCGUCGCGGAAGCUCCAAAGCCCGGUGAGAAACCUGAAGUUUUCCACACCCUCUGCCGAAUUGGUUCCGGCUACACCAUGAAAGAGCUGUACAACCUCGGGUUGAAGCUCGCCAAAAACUGGAAAGUCUACCGCAAGAACGACCCGCCGGCCUCCAUCUUGUGCGGAACCGAGAAACCGGAGGUCUACAUCGAGCCCUGCAACUCGGUCAUCGUCCAGGUCAAGGCCGCGGAGAUAGUGGGGAGCGACAUGUACAAAACCAACUGCACCUUGCGUUUCCCGAGGAUCGAGAAGAUCCGGGACGACAAGGAGUGGCACCAGUGCAUGACUCUCGCCGAGCUGGAUCAGUUCCGUGGUAAGGCGUCUGGGAAACUUGCCUCGAGGCACCUUCGCAUCGACGACGACGAACCGCAGAAGAAGAAGCGCAAGAUGCCUGCCAAACCCAAGAAAGUGGUCGGGAUCGUUGACCACUUUAAGCCCCAGGAUCUCUCCGGGGUAACCAAGGAGACCGAUAUGUUUGAGGAUGUUGAGUUCUGUAUUCUGAAUGGGACUGAAGAUCACCCCAAGGCUGAGCUGGAAAAGGGGAUAGCCAGGUGUGGAGGUAUUGUGGUUCAAAACCCGGGACGGGACACCUACUGCGUGAUUGCCGGGGUGGAGAACAUGCGUGUGAAGAACCUGAUUUCCUCCGACCAGCACGACUUGGUGCGGGCCGCCUGGCUGCUGGAGUGCCUCCACCACAAAGAGGUCGUCCCGUGGCAGCCUGGUCACAUGAUCCACAUGUCACCCUCCACCAGGGAGCACUUUGCCAAAGAGUACGAUUGCUACGGAGACAGCUACUUUGUGGCGGCGGACGAGCGGCAGCUGCGGGAGGUGUUCGGGCGAAUGAGUGGCCCCGAAUCAUCACCGGCGGGAGUGAACGUGGGCCAGGUUGAGCAGCGGUACGGUUGGGAGGACCUUCCAACCAGCUUGUUCAGACCCUUUGAGGUUUACAUGGACCGCUACGCCAACAUAGGAGACCCCAAAACCGCCUUAUCCGCUUCAUGUUUGGACAUCAGGGCGCUGGAGUUCCGUUACCACGGGGGGAAGGUGUUGCACAAGCUUGAGGAAGGAGUCUCUCACGUUAUCAUCGCAGAGGAAACCAGACUUCUGGAUUUGAGAACUCUGAGACGCUGCUUCAGGAAGAAGUUUAAGAUAGUGCGAGACUCAUGGGUGACGGAUUCAAUCACAGCGGGGUAUCUGAUGAACGACUCCGACUACUCAGUUUGAAGACUUCCUGUUGGCCUGAACAGCUGACACCAGGGAUAAAUCCUCUUUUAUUAGUAAUAUUUUAUAAAGAUACCAGUCAUAAAAUGUUUUUAAAAAGCUGAAAAAUACAAAUUUCAAACACUCGAUAAGCAAUGCGAUGCAACACUACACUUUCAUGCAAACAAUCCAUGUUUUUGUUCCUGUUUUUAAUGAGAUAUUUAGUCCGCUUGAUAGUUUUAAAUGAUUGGAUAAUGUGAAAAGUAUGGAAGGCGAAGAUUUUUAAUUUAAUUUUAAGAGUUAAAGGCUUUAUAUGCGAUUUAUCACACUUAAAUGUAGCAGAAAUCAAAUAUAUCCUUUGAAAAUAACUCUGUGAGUCGGGUAAAUUUACAUGCAGUGUGACGCUAUGAACUAGCUAAAGAUCGCUAGCAUUAGCAUGCUAACACAAACAAUGCAGCGCUAGUUGUUUUGGUUUCCCGCUGUUGCUCAAGGGCGACACCUGCUGGAUGAAAAACAUAUAAAGCCUUUAAAUUAUAUUAAAAAACAUUUUCAUUCACCAUGUUUCUCCUUUAAACACUCAAACUGGUAUUAAUGUUUUAUUUGGAAGAGAAAAACUAUGCUUUUUUUUAAGGCUCUGCUGUAGUUCUUUCUCAAAGCUUUUUAAAACUGUUGGAGUCGUGAAAAUAAAAAGAUUAUUGGUGUUAAUAAUAAAUAUCUUGUGAUAAAAAAACUA